AUGACAGCACCUGCCAAAGAAUUCGUGUUGAGACAAAUUUUCAAGAAUAUUUCGAGUCUCAAAGAAGGAGAGGAACAAUCAAGCCCCGUGGAAGAACAUUUCAAUGUUCCAUGGAAAACGAAAGUGGGACGAAGAAAUGGUUAUCUCUCUUAUUAUUUGUAUUGCGAACAACCAAAAACCACCGAGUGGUCGAUUGUCGUUGAACGGGUAGCGAGACUAUUCUCGAUAGGAGGAAAAAUAUAUGAGAGGAAAUAUACCGAAUCGACGUUUAGCAGUAAUAUCAUCUACACUGGUUGGGGAAGGAAUGAGUUUAUCAAAUGGGAAGAUUUAGAAAAUAAUUAUAUGGUUGAUGGAGAUAUUAUGAUCGAGACGUAUGUGAAGAUCAAGAAAAUGACUGGAAUCGAGAGAAAGAAAUUGAAAAAUUUCGACGCAUCUAUGAGUGAAUUCUCCGAUGUCGUAUUGAUUGUGGAAGAUGAGAAGUUCUACAUUUCGAAAUUGUUUCUCGCCAGUCAAUCUUCAUAUUUCAAAUCGAUUCUGAUGGGAAAACAAGAGGAAAUUCAAAAAAGAGAGGUCACACUGGAAAAUUGUAAAUCGAAAGAUUUUCAGUACUUUCUGGAAUUGAUCUACGGAGAAUCGCCAAUUGAUGAUGAAACAAUCGAUGGAAUUCUUGGAUUAGCUGACGUUUAUGAUGUUCCGAUUGCAAUGAGAAAAUGCGAAGAGUUUCUUAUCAGAGAUUCAGAGAAAACGUUGAAGGAGAAAUUGCGAUUGGCGAAACGAUACUAUUUGAAUAAAUUGAAGGAAAAUUGUAUCUCCAAAAUCACCACCGCCGCCGACCUCCGAUCUGUCUUCUCAUACGAUUUCAAUGGAAUGGAUCCAUCUGUCGUCGGAGCACUUCUUCAGAAAUCUAUCGCUCUUCUUCCAUAA